AUGCACGUGUAUUUACCCUGCUUUCCAUCGUCCAAGGGACAGACCCGAACUUCCUGUCCCGUGCCAAGCGCCAAGCUGCCAAGCUUCCUGUCCGCGCCAAAAAAACGCGUCGUCCCUCGGCGAUUCCGGCGGAUCGCUCACUCGUAUCGCCGCCUGAGAGAUAUGCCGGCCGCGUGCGGCGCCGGAGUCGUCGCAGCGGUCUAUUCCGGCCGUCCGGUGCCGUCCUCGAGAUGUUCCGGGCGCGCGUCCAGGGCGAGAUACCCGAGGCGCGUUCGCGCCGUGGUGUCCGAGGAAACAUCGUCGACGCAAUUGGGAUCUAACAAUGCCCAACCCGGGGGGCCGUCCACGUCCGGGGCGACGCGGGUUGUCCGCCUCGAGGAUCGCUCCCGCGGGGCCGUCGUUCACCUCGUCGGCGUCUCGCACGUGCUCGCCGCGGACGCGGCGCGAGACGUUCGCGCGCUCCUCUCCCACCACCGCCCCGACGCCGUCGUCCUCGAGCUCUGCUCCGAACGCGCGGGAGCCGCGAUCGCCGCUGCGCUCGCCAGCAGCCGCGGGACGGGCGCCGGAUCUCGCGGGGAAGACGACGCGAUCGACGACGCCGGUCCCGCCGGACCCCGCCCGCCGGGCGUCGUGCCCCGCGCGGUGUCCAUCCGGGGCCUUCCCGCCGAUCGCCCGCUCCCCGGCGCGUCCCCCGGCGACCUCCUCGCGCAGCUGCGAUGCCGACCGGGCCGCCUCGCCGCCCCAGCGGACAUCGACGCGGACGUCCGGACCCUCAUGGAGUCCGGACUCUUCGAGGAGGUGCUCGUGCACGUCUCCGCAGGAGAAAGUAAAGGCGCCGACGACAAGUCCGGGGAAGACGAGGGGAACGGGAACGGGAACGUCGAGGGUUCCAACGAGGGACGAGGGGACGAACCCGAGAGGGUGUUGUACUGCGCGGGUGGGGCGUGCGGCGACGGCGUCGCCGAGGUCAUCGUCGGCGCGAGCGUCGAGUUCCGAUGCGCGCUGGACUCGUCCCUCGCCGUCACCGCCGACGUGCGGUUCUCGUGGAGCGAAAAGGCGCAAAAGAAGUUGGGGGGCGAUCCCAAGGAUCUCGAGGCGGACGUCCUGCGCAGAGCCGCGCUGUUGCUGCUGGAGUACGACAAGGGCCGGCCGGGAGGUGGCGACGACGAAGACGGGGACGAAAAGUCGGCACCCGGGGACGGGGACGGGGACGGGGACGGGGAUGGGGACGCAGACGAGGAGACGCGAGAGGGCGCCGCGCUGAGAGCCGUGCUUCGCGAAUCGGCCCGACGCGUGUGCGCCGCUCGCGGCCUCGGCGCGCACAAGGCGUCCGUCACCGUCGCCGGCGCCCCGCCCGAGUCCGUCUGGGCGACCGCCUCUACCGACGACGCCGAUGAUUCGGGAGGACGGGGUUUCGCGAGGUCGAGCCUCGCCGACGCCGGCGGCGCGGUGUGGGUGUCGGUGGAGACGACGUCCGAGCGGGAGACGCGCGAGCGGUUGGACGCGUCGACGGCGUCCGCGGGGUCGGGGGAUCGAUCCCGGCGCGGGGCGAACGGCGGACGGGGAGCGCCGGGCGGCGGACGGGGCCCGCCCGGGCUCCUCGCGCGCAUCGCGAGCGUCGCGUCCGCGGCGGCGACUGAGGGGACCGCGCCGCGCGCCGCUCGAGCGUACUUCGCCGCGUCGGAGAUUGCGCAGGAGAUGCUCGCGUGGCGCGUUCUGAGCGCAACGAGACACCGCGGGGGUGCCGAGGGUGCCGAGGGUGCCGAGGGUGCCGGGGAAGAAGGCACCCCGGAAGGCGGCACCCGGGUGGAGGACGCCGUCGUUCGCGGCGCCGGCGACGAGGCGGUCGCCGCGCUCGCCCUCGCCCUCGAGGCGGGCGUCGAACGCGUGGUGCUCGGCGACGCACGCGCCUCCGCGACGACCGCGGCCAUCGCCGACGCCAUCCGCCGUCGUCCGGGUUGGUUUCCCGGCGCGAGGCUCGCUGCGUCCACCGUCGCCGCCGCCGCGAGGCUCGUCGCGUUUUCCUCUCCGGAUCAACUCCGGGAGACGAUCUCGUCGGGGUUGAACGGGGGGUUGAACGGUGGCGGGUCGAACGGGACGCUCGCCGACGUGGCCGUCGCCGAUUGGUUGAGGGACGCGGUGGUGGACGCCAGGGACGAUCGAAUGUUCGACGCUAUCCGCGACGCCGCGGGCUACGAGCGCCGGUGGAACGCUUCGGACGGACCGCCCCCCGCGGCGUUCACGCGCUCGACCGAGACGCCGCCGGGCCUGGGCGAGGGAUGCGCGUGCUAUUCGUACGAGGCGGAGUGCGAGGAUUCGGUGCGUGCGGGGCGUUCGACCGGGGGUUCGACCGGGGGUUUAGGAAAGACGGUCGUGGCGGUGGUGGAACGCAUCGACGAAUGA